AUGACGGAACCACGGAUGCGCAUGCGGCACAAGGGCCAGCAAUUCGAUACCAGGGACUUGGAAGCAUACCUCGUGGCUUUCGGUGAUGACUGGAAUCCACUGCCCGAAACCGUGAAGGUACUGGAUGAGAUUAUCACCGAUUUUGUCAUCGAGACUUGUCACGAAGCCGCCCUGUGCGCAUCAUAUUCUCGCCGUGCUAAGAUCAAGGUCGACGAUUUCAAGUUCAUCCUCCGCAAGGACCCGCUCAAGCUGGGCAGAGUAACUGAAAUCCUAAAUAAGGAGAAGGAGAUCCGAGAGAAACGGAAGGUAUUCAACGUCGAUGAUGAGCAAAUCGGAAAAGAAGAGACCAAGGAGGAAAAGAAAGCCAAGAGAAAAGACGACCGGAGAGACGAACAGAAGGAAGAUAGAGUCGCGAAGAAGGUGAAAAGCUCCAAGGAUUGA